AACAACAGGAGUGAGCGUCUGACAGGACCAGGACAGGACACGUGUGAGGUCGCGCGCUUUGUCGUUGACGACUCAGUAUUAUGUGCAGUAGACAUGUCGUGGGAAAACAAAAUAAAGGCGGGCUGAUUCCGAUGGUAAAUUAACACAAUGCCUCGGCUCAGACAGCGAUUUAAUCGUCUCUAUUUCGUAAGAACCCUUCCACAGUUUAACAAGCGCACCUGGACCAACAAUACGUCAUCCUGGUUGUGUUGAUAAACUUCCGAAGAUGAAUGUCAGAGAAGGAAAGACUCGGAUCCAGUUUGGUUACGGAACUACAAAAUGGAUGUUUGUUUUCGUGCAGUGUUCAUACAAGGAUAUUCCAAGCAGUUACAUUUAAGCUUCGUGCAUGUGGCCACGCGACGCAAACUGUCUGCUUCAGUUGCAGUAAGCUGAGAUAUGUGGAACGGGGUGAUGACAGCCUUUGGACAGAGUCCUGGACAUGUCAUGAAGCAGUCGGCUCAAUUUUUGCUGGUGAUGCUGCUGGUCUGGAUGUUGCUCUUCUUUGCUUUCUUCACCUACUUUUCAGACUCUCAGGUUAACCAGCCACACAAGCCAGUUUCCAUCUCGGCCCUCGAUCUUCAACAAUCAAUCUCGGACAGUAAGCAUAGUUCCAGAGACAUCAAAGAAUUCAGCAAAACCCGCGUGCUUCGGUUCGCAGAGAGGAGGGGUUCUUUUCAGAGCAGACAAGUAUUUCGAGCUCCUGUCAAGCUGGAUGAUUGGCUAUAUUUCAGAAAUAAAGGGAUUAGGAAACGCAAGAUCAGAACUAAUACUGACAAUUCUUGGUCGCUAAUCCAAGGUCUGUGGAAUGAACAGGUGUCGUCCAAUAUGUUAAGUCAACGGCUACGACAAGCCAUGAAAGAUAACGUUCGUCGCAAUAAGCACAAAGUUCUCUACAAAGGCCAACGAAACACAAGAAGGGGAAAGGAGGAGUUACUGUGUCAGUUAAAACAGCAAGCCCAGAUCAAGAUUCUGGAUGGCUCUGAACAGCCAUUUACUCGCCUAGGCUUUCAAAAGCUGGUUCCAACACAACCCCUGGAGAAGGUGUACAGGACAUGUGCUGUGGUAAUGUCAGCGGGCUCCAUCCUUAACUCAUCUUUAGGACAAGAAAUUGAUUCCCAUGAUGGAGUGUUGCGUUUUAACUCUGCACCCUGUACAGGCUAUGAAAAAGAUGUGGGCAACAAAACAACCAUUCGCAUCAUAAACUCUCAGAUUCUUGCAAACCCUGUGCACAAAUUCAACAACAGUUCUAACUACAAGAACAUGACUCUGGUAGCCUGGGAUCCUGCUCCUUAUAAAUUUGACUUGCAAAAGUGGUACCAGAAUCCAGAUUUUGAACUCUUCAAACCAUACAUUACUCACAGAAAGAACUUUCCAGAGCAGCCUUUUUACAUCCUGCAUCCUUCUUUUAUUUGGAAUCUCUGGGAUUUUGUGCAAAGCAACACAAAGGAGGACAUUCAACCCAACCCUCCUUCCUCUGGAUUUAUAGGUAUUGCUGUGAUGAUGAAUCUAUGCGAACAAGUCGAUGUGUACGAGUACAUCCCCUCUAUAAGACGAACGGAUCGGUGCCAUUAUCAUGAGCCCGUCAUCGAUUCGGCCUGCACCUUUGGGGCGUACCACCCUCUGCUUUACGAGAAACUGCUCACCAAGCGCAUGAGCACAGCUUCUGAAAACGACCUCAGGAAAAAGGGAAAGGUCACAUUGACAGGUUUCUCUGAGAUCACCUGUCCAACGUGAUUUACACUAUUCUUAAAUACAGUAGGGAUGUGUCCAAAACUGAAUAUUUUAUUUGGAAUGUUAUGGAUAAUGGUUUUAAACAAAUAACGAAUUCUACCAAAUAUAUUUGGCAGACACGGUCACUCCUCGCAUUUGCCCUGAUGAGAAGGGGGCCUGGCAGGAGCCUUUACAUUUUCAUAUGAUUUUAAGCCAUUAAGAAUCAGCAAUAAUGACUGUUGACUGCCUCAAACUAUACCGAAUGUGUGUGUCCCAAGACGCUCAUAGUUUAUUUCUCCAGGUAAGUAUGAGAAAGGUGUUAUCUGAUUUGUAUGUGAUUUAUUUGAAUCAGUCUCAAUGACUACGUUUACAUGCACCCUAACAAUGCAAUUAUAAUGAGAUUUUGGAAAUAUUGUGAUUACCCUUCAUCUUGUGUAAACACAAUACUUUGGUCAAAAUAAUGCAAUUUACAUGAAAAUUCCACUGUGGUAAAAAAAAGUUUUUAUUGUUGUUUGUAUUUCUAUGUAGUGUUUUUAAUAUGAUUUAAGAAACAAACCAUGAGCAAAUUCAUCAUUCACCACCAUUGCUGAAUAUUUGAAGAGUUUGGUCCCAAAACGCAAUAAAUCCAUUUUUAACAAUUUCGGUAAAAACGUGUUUUCUAUACCAAGAAAGUGACGAGAUGAAAACCACUAUUUUCUGUUACAAACUUUCACAUUGCAUCUUUAGGUUAUAAAAAUAAAAAAUUCAAAUCCAUAACUUGAUUUUCAAAGAUUUAUUAUAAAAACGAAUAAUUUUUUCUCAAAAUGCUAUAAAUCUAUUGGAUCAAUAUAUAAAUGUGCAUUCAUCUUUGCCAUGUUAUAUUCAUUUAGUUGACUAGUGGUAUACACUGAUUAAAAAAAUAAACAUUAAUGGUAUUAAUCAAAACACUUACUUUGUCAUAUUAAGAACACUGCCUUUGCUGCGGUUGUACUUGGGACGUCGUCGUUUAACAUUUUUCACAGUGAUCAGCUGUAAAAUGUUUUGGUCCUGCUCGAUUUUUGUUGACUUUGAGUAAAAUAAUGUAAAGUUUUUCAUAAGAUCCCCUGGGGUCAAUGUGUUAGCAUGAGAAGCUUGAUGCUGUCGGGAGAACAAGCAACCAGCUCCCGAGUGCCUCUCGCGUAAAUUAUUAGAUGUUGAUGGCUUACGUUUCUUCCCGUCACAGAAAACAAAGUGAAUGCGGAAAACUAGGAUUCUGUGUACUCAACGCGCCGCCAUUGUUUGUUUACAAUGCGUGAAAUGGUGCACUGUAAUUUGUGGAGCGGAUUUAUUGCAUUCUGCAGAAAUGGAGGAGUGGCGUUCAUUGUUUUGGGAAAAGGAGAGAAAAGAUAACAGAAUAACACGGGAAGAUUGGAUUUUGCGUAAAAUUAAGAAUUUACUUUUAAAUACUGACCUGAUACAAUACUGAUUUUGGCAGUAACUAAUUUUUUUUUAAAAUGCCGUUUAUCGCGUUUUGGAAUCAAACUCUUCAUUUUAUUCAUAAUAUUUGAGUUUUCCAAAGACAUCUCGUUCCUGCGGUUUUAAAUCGCCUUGGUGUGUUAUGUAACCAAUCACAUCAUCACAUUUGAACUCACAUGUGCUGAACUCAUGUGAAGUGUGUAACAGCAGUUAGUGCUGCAAAGGCGCAGUUUACGUAUGCAAUGUGAAACCAGACUUGGCAGUUAUGUGUUUGAAACUACCAAAAUUAACAUUUAUUUAAAGGCGGAGUCCACGAUGUUUGAAAAAUGCUUUGGAAAAGGAGACGGGCCGACUACCAAAACACACUUAUAGCCAAUCAGCAGUAAGGAGCGUGUCUACUAACCGACAUCCUUGCCAAGGACGUAUGUGUGGGGCGGGUCUAUCAACAGAAGGUCCAGAUUCUAUUGGGGUAGGGGCGUGUUUGUUUAGGUGAUUUCAAAUAUCAACAUUGGCUUUCAAACAUCGUGGACUCCGCCUUUAAGUGUACAAAAGGGGGUACUAAUUUGCAUAUUCAUAGAUCCACGUACUGUAAGGGAAUUACAUUCAAGCAGUUUUAAAGCAUGUCGAAAUUAUUGUCACAUGAAAAACUUUUACAUAUCCUAUUAUGAUGCUUAAAGAUAAGUUUUAAGUAAUAAAAUGAUCAGCUACAGCAUGACAGCAGUGUAUAAACCGUUACAGGCAUUGUCAUAAUAUUUUGCUUCAUCACGCCUGUCUUUAAUACGUCCAUAGGAACGUGUGUGUCAUUUAACUUAAAUGAAAGCAGUGGCCAGUAACACACCUAUACUGCCCUACAAAACCAAAGGGCAGUAACUACGCAUUUGGUCAAAAUUGAGUUAAGGGUUAAAAUGGGCUUUGUGAGAUCUGUUGUGUCUUGUGACAAAGUCUCCUGGUUCAAUUUUGUCCCAUUUCAGAGAAACUUGUAUGCUAAAAUUGCAGUAACAUGUUUGACUGGCUGGUGUAAAAAACUGUAAGGACAUGUUUCUCGUUUUCAGUGUUUACGUAGUUACUGCACUUAGCCUUUGUAGGGCGGUAUGUAUAUGUGAGUUCACCUACUGUAUAUGUGGGCUUUGUGAAUAACAACCACAAUUAUUAGCGGAUAAUAGCAUGUUGGCAGGAGUAAAGAGGAUUGCUGGAGUCAUGUAAACAUUUUACUGCGAUUAAGUUUAUUGGAAAUAAUCACAUUAUUGAUAUACACAUGUAUACGUAGUUAGUGAUUUAAUUACGAAUAGGACUGAUUUGUAUUGUUUUUUUGUGUUGAGCUCACUGAUUCAGUGAUUCCGUUACUGUUUAGCUCUUUAAUAUUUGUAUUAUUAAUUCAGUGAAUAAUAAUAAUAAUAAUAACAAAAGUGGUUAAUAAAUCCAUAAUUUAAACAUUUAGUAAAUAUGCUUAAUAAACCCACUGUUUUUAAUAUAAGUAUUUUUAUCUGAUGUUGAUUAUUAUUUUCUUAU